AUGGCGGCGAUGGAUGCAACAGCCACGGCGGACAGCGCAUCGCUGCCAUACUACGAACCCGCCAUCACGCAGAUACUCGUCAUGUCGUCGUUCCUCCUGCUGCUCAACACUGUCAACUCGAUCCUCGACCGGACGCUGUACUGUGGCCUGAUUGGGCAGGUGCUUGUCGGGAUCGCAUGGGGCACGCCUGGCGCGCAAUGGCUCACAUCAACAAUACUUCCGGACGGGUUCGAGACGGCGGUCGUCCAGCUGGGGUAUCUCGGCCUGAUCCUGCUCGUCUAUGAGGGCGGCGUCUCGACCAGCAUCGCCGCUCUCAAGGCCAACCUGGUCCUCGCCGCGGGCGUUGCGGCCACGGGCAUCGCGGCACCCAUGGCACUGAGCUUCGUGCUAGGCCCGCUCGUCGGGGCGACGCCUCUGCAGAGCUUUGCGGCCGGCGCAGCGCUGUGCUCGACCAGCCUGGGCACCACGUUCACCGUGCUCUCGACGAGCGGCCUGGUUUCGACGAGGCUCGGCAGCGUGCUUAGUACCGCCGCCAUGAUGGACGACGUCGUGGGCCUGGUCAUGGUGCAGAUUGUGUCGAGUCUGGGCUCGUCGUCGUCGUCUUCAUCCGUCGCCAUCGCCCCAAUCACAGUGGUUCGGCCAGUACUCGUGUCUCUGGCCUUCGCCGUGGUGAUCCCGCUGGCCAACAGGUUCGUGCUUCGGCCCGCGAUGCGGUUCCUGGACGAGAAGGAGAUAGGAAUAUCGUCAGCUCCCCAAAAGGACAGUCCAGCCAGGCUGAGAAGACGCAGUGCCGUGUUUGGCCUGCUCAGCACCAGAGACGCAGCAUUUGCCAUCCACACCACCUUGCUCCUCGGCCUCGUCAGUGCCGCGGCCUUUGCCGGCGCCUCGGUCCUUCUCGCAGCGUAUCUCGCAGGCAUCAUGGUGUGCUGGUGGGAUGCUGAGCGAAAGGACCGGCAGCAGACCACCGAUACAUCGUCAGAUACAGAGAUUCCAGUUGCUGCACAGCAGCCACCGUCGCCACACGCGGUAUCUGAGGUGAACGAGGGCGGCGCAGGAACUCCUGACCGCGAAGGACAACACACUCCCCGAGUGGGCUCCCGGCACAAGUCAGAGCACACCGGCAUUGCGGUCUACGAGCACUACUACUCAGCAGCGGUGGGCCGCGUGCUCAAGCCCUUCUUCUUUGCAUCAAUCGGCUUCUCUAUCCCCAUCACAAAGAUGUUCUCCGGCGCCAUCGUCUGGCGCGGUAUCAUCUACACGCUCCUCAUGCUACUCGGCAAGCUCGCCUGUGGCCUCUGGCUCGUCCGGCUUCCACGACCGAGCCACAGCGCAAGCCGUGGCGCCACUCUCUCAGCCCGAUGGGGAAGCGUCAAGGCAUUCUUCUCGUCCAGAAUGAACAAGCUCGUCGCAGCCGUGGGCGUACGCGAGAAACGUCCCAUGUCGACAGAUCCAGCAGCACCUGAUCCUGUGCGGGACCGGCCUGCUAUCGGUCCAGAGCCGACCGUCGGUGCUACUACAUCUACCACCGCCACCACCACCACCACCGCCCAGUCGUCCCAGGAAGAACAAAGUCAGUCUGUGACACCGCAGCAGCAGCAGCAGCAGCCGCCGCCGGUUCCCAGAACAAACCCCACGCCCGCAAAACCAACAUCUCUCUACCCAGCAGGCAUCCUCUCCUUCGCAAUGGUCGCCCGUGGGGAGAUUGGCUUCCUCAUCUCCGCCGUCGCCGAGAGCAAAGGCGUCUUUCACUCCGUCGCUACCCCAUCCUCCUCGUCCUCCGGCAACACCGAGUCGUUGUCGGGUACAUACCGCCUCGCAGCAUCCGCACAAGAACCCUCAGACAUAUUCCUCAUCGUCACCUGGGCCAUCGUGCUGUGCACAAUCAUUGGGCCCCUGGUCGUGGGUAUCCUGGUCAAGCGCGUCAAGCGGCUCGAGGUGCAGAGGAGGAGGAUGAGUAGUCUGCUCGGCAAAGAGGGCGGUGCUCGCGCUCGCGGAGGCGAUGAGGUCGUCCUCACUCCCAACACCACUGUGCAGCAUCCACAGCAAUCCAUGGGCCCGAGAGAUGGGGACGAUCGAGUUCCCUUCACGGGCGAGCAUGAGGAUCACGUACUUGGUGUUUGGGGUGUGUGA